ACUUCGAAUAUUGAACAGAUUUUGGCUUGUGAAUCAGUGCUUGAUUUUGUAAAGUUUUCCUAUCAGGGGAUAGACUGGAAUUCACUUGUCAGACGAGAAACAUUAAAAAUACUAAACUUUGUGUAUUUGCAAGCAGGAUAAAUCAUUGUGAAUAAUGGCUGUUCCUGGUAAAAAGGCAUCUAAAAAAUUCUCAUCUACACUAUCUCAAGGUGGUGCUGAAGAUUUUGACAUUUAUUGUGAAAUAUGUGACAGAGCUGAUAUCAGGCUUCCUGCCUUUGGUUACUGUGUAGAUUGUGAGGAACACUUAUGUCAAUCUUGCUUCAAAACUCACAGACUACCAAAACCACUACGCCAUCACCAACUUUUAGAUAGAGAUCAUAUGCCACAACAACAAAAACUCCAUGGAUCAUCAAAAUCUACUUCCAAUCCACAGACUGGUAAUCUUACAAAGCCUUGUACUAAACACACCAAAGAAGUGAUUAAAUUCUACUGUCAUGACCAUCAUGCUCUUAUAUGUAAUGUAUGUGUGACCCUUGAACACACACCAACAUCCUGUCAUGUUGACUACAUACCAGACAUAUCAGGGCAGAUUUUAGACAGCACUGAGUUCAAGAAAACUCUGAAAGAUAUUGAUAAAUUGACAAACAAAUGCUAUCAGAUGACAAGUGACCUGAAACAAAGAGUUGGUAUAUCAACAACUUCUCUGAAAGAUGCUAUAGCAGAAAUUGAAAAUUUUAGAAAAGAGAUAAACAAGAGAUUAGAUGAACUAGAAAAGGAGGUUAAAGAUACUGCUACAACAAUCCAACAAGACAACAACAAAAAGUUGAAAACAACAGAAACAACAUGUGAUGACAUCAACAAAUCACUUCAAGCAUCAGCUGAUACUCUGAAACAUCUCAAUUCAAACAAGAAAACUGACCAACUGUUUACUGAACUUAAGAGAGCUCAGCAACUGAUUCAAGAUAAUAACAAUAUAAUAUCACAACUACCAACAAUCAAUGACAUUGAUGAGUACAUCUUUGAACCAAAUCAAGCUAUCAAGAAAUUCUUUCAAGAUGAGAAAUCAUUAGGAACAUUGAGCAGUAAGAAUAAGAAACAGCCAGCUGAACAAAAGAAUCAAGGUGCAGUAGCAAUGAAAUUGUCUACCCCUAGAAAAAUCAAUGCUAAAUCAUCCUCAGAUGAAAGAAUUGUUGGAUUACUGGUAUAGCUGUUUCACCUCAAAAUCAAAUAUUUGCAGCAGAUUUUGAAAAUCAGUCUAUUAAAAUGAUAAACAUCAAUAGUGGAACAAUAAAACAAUUAAAGCUUGACUCAAAACCCUGGAAUAUCACCAUUGUCUCCAGUGAUUUACUUGCUGUUACAUUACCGAGUAGAGAAACAAUACAGUUCAUUUCAUUCUCCCCAGACUCACUCUCACUGAAGAACAAAAUGAAGGUAGAUGGAUAUUGUCAAGGUAUCAGUCAUCAUCAGGGAAAACUUGCAGUCACAUUUAAAGAUCCUGCUAAACUACAAAUCAUUGAUUUGAAAGGUAAUACUGCAAUUACAGUUGAUAAAGAUUCCAAAGGUUACAAUAUAUUCAGUUCUCCUGAGUUUGUCACAACAAACAGUCAUUCAAUCUAUGUAUCUGACUGUCGCAACAAUGUAGUUCUACGAUUCAACUGGCAGGGAGAGAUGAUAGGAUCAGUAGGAAUUAAAGGACCAAGGGGUAUAACACUGUUACAUGAUGGGUCUUUCUUAGUGAAUGGUUGCUCAAGUGAUUGUAUAUACAGAGUAAGUGGUGACUUUAAAGACAGUAAAGCUAUACUGGAGGAUGUAGAUUUUACUCAAGCUGUAUGUUGGUGUGCUGACACUAGUACACUUUGUGUUAGUAGAUUUAUGGAGGACAAUGAUGACAAUUAUAUCAAAUUUUAUAAAAUGAUGUAAAGGACAUGACAAGAUAUGGUACAACACUAACAAUGGGAUAAACACAUCAGACCAUCAUCAUUCAUUCAAAAUUUAAUUUCUGAAAUUAUUGUUACAUUAUAUCACAUAAUUAUAACUUAGUUUUGUUGAUCUAUGGAUCCAGUGUCAGAUAAACAUUUUUUUAACAAUUUAACAAUUAAUGUAUCUAUUGUGUAAAUGUGAAAAAUUAUAGUAGAAUACAAACAGAUGUUUGCAAAAUUGUGCUCAAAAAUACAACAUACUAAUAAUAUGAACAUAACAAAUCUGCAACUUUUGAAAAUUUUCAUCAUUAACAUGAAUCAUUUGCUUCAUUGAUUAAUUUGUAAAGUUUACAUGAUAUAAAAGAUAAUUUUAUUUUCCAUUGAUGUAUUGAUACAAGUUUUUUUGUACACAAAUAAACUGAGUAAGAUGUAAUGCAACCAACAAAAUAUUUGACCCCAGUUUUUAUGUUUAAUAAAAAAUAAAAAAAAAUAAAAAUAGUAGAAUUAUAAAAUAAAAAAAGGAAAUGUAAAUUAAAUACAUUUGUAAUAUUGUUAUGUAUGAAUGAGAGUGUGUAUGUUAUCUAUUUUAAUAUUUAUGUCUAAUUUCAUAUUUAAUGUAAUAUUUUCAAGAUAUGAUCAUAUUGUUGAUUACAUGUACCGGUAUCUAUUUCUUAAGAUGUAAAAAGACAUAAGGCAUAUUUUAAGUUAAGUUUAUCUUAACUUAUAUCAAACUUAAUAAAUAGUAAUGAAUACCUAUAAUUACAAAUUAUUAUACGGACAACAACCACUUUAAAAUGUCCUGUAUUCCUAGUUUUUUAUGUUUCUAGAAUCUAAUUAAUUCAAUUACAGUAAAACUAAUAAAAGUUUCACCCAUAACACAAACCCUCUGAGCAACAGACACCCCUCUACAACAGUCAACAAACUGUCUGGCUGUUGUAGAAAGGUUUUACUCUAAUAGCACAAGAAGAUGUACAUGUGAUUAAAGAAAAGGAUGAAAAAUGUUCAUAUCAAUGUAAAUUAAAUAUUACAUAUCCAGUUUUGUACAUUAUCAUCAUGAAAAUGUCAAUAAGAUGAUUGUUGUUUUGCAUGACAUGUUUUUUUUGUUUAUAAUUCAUCAUUUCAUGUAAAUACAAAAAAAAAGA